GGAGGCCGAGCCCAGAGAUAUGAACCAUCAUCAACAGCAACAGAAGCCCGGGGAGCAGCAGCUCAGUGAACCCGAGGACAUGGAGAUGGAAGCUGGAGAUGCUGAUGACCCACCAAGAAUCACUCCUAAUCCAGUAAUAAAUGGAAAUGUUGCUAUGGCAGAUGGCCACAAUAAUACAGAAGAGGAUAUGGAAGACGAUACCAGUUGGCGAUCAGAAGCAACAUUUCAGUUCACCGUGGAACGCUUUAGUCGCCUUAGUGAAUCUGUGCUGAGUCCUCCCUGUUUUGUGAGAAAUCUCCCAUGGAAAAUAAUGGUGAUGCCACGGUUCUACCCUGAUAGACCACAUCAGAAAAGUGUGGGAUUUUUUCUUCAGUGCAAUGCAGAAUCUGACUCCACGUCAUGGUCUUGUCAUGCCCAGGCAGUGCUAAAGAUAAUCAAUUACAAGGAUGAUGAAAAGUCAUUUAGUAGACGCAUUAGUCACUUGUUCUUUCAUAAGGAAAAUGACUGGGGCUUUUCCAAUUUCAUGGCGUGGAGUGAAGUUACUGAUCCAGAUAAAGGGUUUAUAGAAGAUGAUAAAGUCACUUUUGAAGUCUAUGUGCAGGCUGAUGCUCCUCAUGGUGUAGCCUGGGAUUCAAAGAAGCACACAGGGUAUGUUGGACUAAAGAACCAGGGAGCAACCUGUUACAUGAACAGUUUACUGCAGACAUUGUUUUUCACAAACCAACUCCGAAAGGCUGUGUAUAUGAUGCCCACAGAAGGGGAUGACUCAUCAAAGAGUGUUCCUCUAGCACUGCAGCGAGUAUUCUAUGAGUUACAGCACAGCGACAAACCCGUGGGAACUAAGAAGUUAACAAAAUCAUUUGGGUGGGAGACAUUAGACAGCUUCAUGCAACAUGAUGUCCAGGAAUUGUGCAGGGUGUUAUUGGAUAAUGUUGAAAACAAAAUGAAAGGCACAUGUGUUGAAGGAACAAUUCCAAAAUUAUUCAGAGGCAAAAUGGUGUCCUACAUACAGUGUAAGCAUGUAGAUUACCGAUCUGAACGGAUAGAGGACUACUAUGAUAUACAGCUGAGUAUAAAAGGAAAGAAAAAUAUCUUUGAAUCUUUUAUCGACUAUGUAGCAGUCGAACAGCUUGACGGCGAUAAUAAGUAUGAUGCUGGAGAACAUGGUUUGCAGGAAGCAGAGAAAGGUGUUAAAUUCCUAACGUUACCACCUGUAUUACACCUUCAACUAAUGCGAUUUAUGUAUGAUCCUCAAACAGAUCAAAAUAUCAAGAUCAAUGACAGGUUUGAAUUCCCAGAACAAUUACCACUGGAUGAAUUUCUCCAAAAGCCUGAUGUCAAGGACCCUGCAAACUACAUACUGCAUGCUGUGUUGGUCCACAGUGGGGACAACCAUGGAGGUCAUUAUGUUGUUUAUCUGAAUCCCAAAGGAGAAGGCAAAAUAACUACUGGAGGCAUUAACACUGACGUAUGUGAUCAGGAAACGGGCAAUGGACAGUGGUGUAAAUUUGAUGACGAUGUAGUUUCAAGAUGUACAAAGGAAGAGGCUGUCGAGCAUAAUUAUGGAGGACACGAUGACGACUUGUCUGUGCGACACUGUACAAAUGCAUACAUGCUGGUUUACAUCAGGGAAUCCAAGCUUAAUGAGGUCUUACAACCUGUCACAGAUCAUGAUAUACCCCAGCAACUUGUUGAGAGGCUACAAGAAGAGAAGCGAAUUGAAGCUCAGAAGAGAAAAGAACGCCAGGAAGCUCAUCUCUACAUGCAAGUACAGAUCGUUACAGAGGACCAGUUCUGUGGACAUCAAGGAAAUGACAUGUAUGAUGAGGAAAAAGUAAAAUACACUGUGUUCAAAGUAUUAAAAAACUCUACCCUGGCCGAAUUUGUUCAGAACCUUUCACAAACUAUGGGAUUUCCACAAGACCAGAUUCGGCUAUGGCCAAUGCAAGCACGGAGUAAUGGAACAAAAAGACCUGCAAUGCUGGACUAUGAAGCGGAUUGCAGCAAAACUAUGAUUGAGCUCAGUGACAACGAGAAUCCUUGGACAAUAUUUUUGGAAACUGUAGAUCCAGAAAUGGCUGCUAGUGGGGCAACGCUUCCCAAGUUUGACAAAGAUCGUAAGUAUGACGUAAUGCUGUUUUUAAAAAUGUAUGAUCCAAAAAGUCGAAGUUUAAAUUACUGUGGACAUAUCUACACACCAAUCUCAUGUAAAAUACGUGACCUACUACCAGUUAUGUGCGAGCGAGCUGGAUUUCCGCAAGGAACUAACCUUAUCCUCUAUGAGGAAGUAAAACCGAAUUUAACUGAACGCAUUCAAGAUUAUGAUGUGUCCCUUGAUAAAGCACUUGAUGAGCUUAUGGAUGGUGACAUUAUAGUGUUCCAAAAAGAUGACCCUGAGAACGAGAGCAGUGAGUUGGCAACUGCCAAGGAGUACUUUAGAGACCUUUAUCACCGUGUUGAUGUAAUUUUCUGUGACAAGACAAUUCCUAACGAUCCAGGAUUUGUGGUUACGUUGUCUAACAGAAUGAAUUACUCUCAUGUUGCAAAAACUGUUGCACAAAGACUUAACACCGAUCCAAUGCUACUACAGUUUUUUAAAUCUCAAGGUUACAGGGAUGGUCCUGGAAACCCUCUUAGGCAUAAUUAUGAAGGAACCUUAAGGGACCUUCUGCAGUUCUUCAAGCCUAGGCAGCCCAAGAAACUAUAUUACCAGCAGCUUAAAAUGAAGAUUACAGACUUUGAAAACAGAAGAAGUUUCAAGUGUAUAUGGCUGAAUAGCCAAUUCAGAGAAGAGGAAAUAACACUAUAUCCAGACAAGCAUGGUUGCGUAAGAGAUCUUCUAGAAGAAUGUAAAAGAGCUGUUGAACUCUCUGAGAAAGGAUCAGGUAAACUGAGGCUGCUAGAAAUUGUAAGCUACAAGAUCAUUGGUGUGCAUCAAGAGGAGGAGCUAUUAGAAUGUUUAUCACCUGCAACAAGUCGAACAUUUCGAAUAGAGGAAAUUCCUCUGGACCAGGUAGAUAUCGACAAAGAAAAUGAAAUGCUUAUUACUGUGGCUCAUUUUCACAAGGAAGUUUUUGGCACAUUUGGAAUUCCAUUUUUGCUAAGAAUACAACAGGGGGAACCUUUCCGAGAGGUCAUGAAGAGGAUUCAAGCUAUGCUGGACAUCCAGGAAAAAGAGUUUGAAAAGUUCAAGUUUGCUAUUGUAAUGAUGGGACGGCAUCAGUACAUAAACGAAGAGGAUUAUGAAGUGAACUUGAAAGACUUUGAGCCCCAGCCUGGUAACAUGUCACAUCCUCGACCUUGGUUAGGUCUCGACCACUUCAAUAAAGCCCCAAAGAGAAGCCGCUACACAUACCUUGAAAAAGCAAUUAAGAUCCAUAACUGACGCGCUGUAACAGAGUUUAUCCAAGACAAGGGACAAAAUAAGUGUGUGUGUGUGUGCACAUUUCUAACAAUGCUAGAACUUUGGUACACGUGCACUAUAUCAGAAGCCUACAGCAAGAGAAUUUGCUGCUGAUGUUAAUUUUAUUUUGUUGAGGCUGUUCUGUUUGGCUUCUCUGUAUCUAUUGACUGCCCUUUUUGAGUAAAAUGAAGGUGUUUUUUAUAAAGCUUGAAUGCCAAUGAGAUAUUUUAUGGUAAUUGUAAAGCCAGAGUAAAGUAGGAUGUGGGAAUAAAUUGGUAGAUCAAAGAAAUUGGCACAAUUUGUUCAUAGAAGAUAUUGUAUGAGGCAUAAGAUUGCUGGCUGCCCGCCAACCCUGUUGUUCCUAUUCCACCAUCCUUGCAGCUAGUAACUCUUAUGUUUACACUCACAACAAAUUUCCUCCCUUUAAAAUGAUAUCCUUGUGCAUUUGUAAAUGCAGAAACCCUCACUUUAAUAAAUAGCAAUCUCUAAUUCAUUGUGUACAUUGUUGGCACUUUUUUGGGGAAUAGUCAAUUACCACCACACAAUAUCUUCAAUUUUGGCUUUCUAUUUUAUCAAACAAGCAGAUUUGCAGAUCUGUUAGUAGAGGUACAUAAAUACGCAAGAUGUACAGCACUGCUUGUUUGACGUUUAGAAAGACACAUGAAAGCUGGCAAAAUCUAUGUAUACCCGCGUGUGUGUAUAUAUAGUUGUUGAUGCAGAUUAAAAA